AUGACACCAAGUUCUUUGUCCCCGCAUUACGCGGCUCAAUCUCCUUCAGGACGUAAACCUGACUUGGUAGCGAAGGAGUUGCUGGAAUGGUGGCAAACCAACGGAAAGCACCCGUUCAUCCAGCCCCACAUCUCGUCACCGAGUAAUGUGGGUGCGAACUCGCCAGAGAACUUACCACUAGGUGAUAAGGUCCAGCUCAUUCGACUACCAGUAGCUUCACCGUCAGCCGUUAAAGAGUUCAGUCAGGUUAGCAGUGAAGAGCCAGCACAUCUCACCACAGGAUUAACAGCCACCGAGACAAUUUAUAGACUGUGUGAAAAUAUUCUGCAAACUAAAAUAAAGCAAAGAAGCAAAGAAAGCAUAACUAACGUCCCGAAACCUUUGCUUUUUAAGAGGACUCAACAAAGUUCUUCUAAGGAUUUGGCUAUGAAAGAGUCUAACUAUACCUUUAGCUUACUCAAUAUCAAUGUCGACUCGGUAAUGAAGAGAGUUAAGUAA